CUGUGGGACUGGCUGGGUGACUGUACUUUUUUCUUGUGAAAGUGUUGACAGAAUUAUUUUUGCAUCUAAAUUGGUAUUUUCUAUAGUUUCUCUCCAUCUCUCCACUGAUAAGUGAAUUGUUUCCAGUCAUUCUUCUGCAAAAAUCAUCUCAAAUGUGUAGAAAUGUUUAAAAUCAUUUCAUUCAGCCAUCGUGAAGCAAAAUAACAAAGUGAAGUCGAGUGAAGUAUAAACUCUGCGUAAUACUUCCGUUGUUUGAUACAUCUUCGUUCCCAAAAAUUAUCGUGAAAAUUGAAGAAGGAUACAAAAAAAGAUGAGACGUCGCGAAGAUAUUCAAGUAAACGUCGCUGGUUUACGCAGAAAUAUUAAGAAUUUAACCCACAAUUACUCCGACGCUCAAGUAAAAGUACGCGAAGCGACUAGCAAUGAUCACUGGGGACCUAGAAGCAGUUUGAUGGCGGAAAUCGCCGAUUUAACGUAUAACGUUGUCGCUUAUUCGGAAAUAAUGAAUAUGAUUUGGAAAAGGCUGAAUGAUCACGGAAAAAACUGGAGACACGUGUAUAAAGCGUUGCUGUUGCUGGAAUAUCUAAUAAAAACAGGCUCGGAAAAGGUAGCUCAACAAUGUAAAGAGAAUAUAUUCGCCAUCGAAACGUUGAGAGAUUUCCAGUACGUCGAGGAUGGCAAAGAUUCGGGCCUGAACGUCAGGGAGAAAGCUAAGCAACUUGUGAUUUUAUUAAAAGACGACGAACGAUUGCGUAACGAUCGCAUACGAGCUUUGAAAGCCAAAGAACGAUUCGCGCAAGCGGCUUCUUUUAGUAGUGAUAUUGUGACUGAUAAAGUGUUCACGCCUGUCAGUCCACAGAAUACGGGGUCCAAGGACUCGUGGAAUUCUUGUUCUUCUGCAGCGGAAAUUCCGACUAAAGCUGCUGAAAUAGAAUGCGCUCGUCCUCAGACUGCGGGAGAAGAAGAAUUACAGUUACAACUAGCUCUAGCUAUGUCUCGCGAAGAAGCGGAGCAAGAAGAACAAAAAAGACGAAGCGACGACGUUAGGCUUCAAUUGGCGUUAUCGCAAAGCGAAAAGGAAUUCAAAAUGGCAGCUCCGCCUACCACCAGUCAUUUGGCAGAUCUUCUGGAAAUCGAUCCGAAUAUCGGUUUAGGCCCUCAACCGCCGCUCAUAGAUCCGUGGGGAAUGCCAAUUUCGGCUCCAACCAAUCCAGUCGGCGUGUCGCUGUCUCGGAGCCAGAAAGGCCCAUGGAGCGUGACUAGUUCACCCUCUCUGCCGUCGGCCACACCGUCAUCACAUUCGGCUACGCCAUCGACGACCACUACUUCGCCCGAUCCGUGGGCUCCUGCGGCGUUGUCAUCGCAUUCGAAUACGACUCAUUCCCGACCGACAGAAGAUCCUUGGCGAACGGUUUCACCAAAAAUCGAUAGCGAGCUGGCAUCGAUACUGCCGCCGUCGUUUUCCGGUAGCGCAGCGGUUAAAAAUAGCGAUCCGUGGGCCCCGCAGUCGUCAACGCUCGUUUCGUCGCCCGCUUCCGAAGAAGAUGAAUUUGCAGCGAUUAGUAAUCGUAAUACACCAAAUCAUCAAAAUGGAUCAUGCACCAGUCCCAACGCUUUUGAUUUAUCAGCAUUGGAUAACAGCCUGCCGCAAUCGAACGGCGCAGCUCACUCCAGUAAGAAUUCCAAUUCCUCGCAAGCUGCUUCGGCCAACAUGAGGAAAACGCCGCAAAGUUUCCUCGGCGAAAAUUCCAGUUUGGUUAAUUUAGAUAAGCUAAUUACUACGCCAGUCGUGCCACCAUUACCUGUGACCGUGCAGAAAACCAGUACUGCUAAUCCCUUCGGAGUAGUGUCCGCGCCCUCGAACAAUUCCAUGUCCAACAUGAGCUUAUUCGCGAAACCCGCCUACGGAAGCGGAUCCAAAUUCCAGGGUGAUCCGUUUCAGCCAGUUCAACGAAACGCGCCUUCGUUACAGCAACCAUUGAUGCCUCAGCCAAAUCCUUUCUUAUCGUAACCUCCAAAUCGUCGGUUGUAUAAAAACAAAACAAAACAAAAAAAACACAGGUAUUUAUUUUGAUGAUAUGUUUUUUUCCACGCUAUCGCAGGAACGAGUGAUGUUUUUAAUGUUAUUUUUUCUCCUACUUUUCCCUCGAGGAAGUACUAUGGCAACUUUUUUUUUUAAUACAUGGUUUUUCUAUUGUUUCUAAUUUAUACAUUCUUUUUAGUACGAACAUAAAAUUAUGAAAAGCGUUUGAGCGUUUGAACACGAUUUUGAAAAAUCUAUUUUAAGUAUUUUAUUUUAUUUUAUUUCAUUUUAUCUUUAUUAACUUUUCUACGUUAUCGAUAUUUCGUUAAUAUUGUGAUUUCAGGAAUAGGGAAAAUGUCGGUGUGUAAUACGUGUAACAUUUUUUUUUCUUUUCUAAUUUGUAAGUUUGUUAUCGAAAAUAUUAAAAACUAAAUUAUGUCAAAGUGCAAUGAAUACGUUAUUGUCGUUUACUAUUUAAUAUACCUACCUAUGUUGCAUAUAUUAAUUAUACAUGUGUGCGUGUGUUAUUAUUACAUAUUUUAUAAACAAUAUUAUGUCGGUCGGGUGUCCCCUCGACAUUUUUCAUGUUUUGUUUCGGUUUGAAAUCUUGGUUGGUUUGGCUUUUGCCUCGUCCAAAACCUGCGAUUAACAUUUUGGUUGGAAAAAAUAUGCUUAUAUGCGCGAAAAUAAUAAACAAAAAGUUUAAUUGAAUUGUCACGCUUUGCGAGUUGUUUCUUUCUGGAAGACUUCUUCGCUUGUACCUUGAUAGUUUAAUAUUGUUUUUAUAAAUGAUCCGGAUUGUCGAUAUUUAUACUAAAACUUUUUUAGCCCUGCCAUUAAUCAUGCCUUUUUCAGUAGGGAGUGUGCUAGUACCUACUGCGAGUGCGGUAAUAUGUGUACAGGUUGUUUACCAAAUGUUGAUGACUUGAUGAGGUUUGACCUGUUGGCGCAAAUUGUACUUCGUAUGCCUGUUUUUUGUGCGUAAACUAAAAUAGGUUCACUUUUUAGUAAUAUUAAUACAGUUUUGUGCUAAAAUGUCUCGGUGAUGCGGGUUUUGAAAAUUCAGCGUGUGGGACUGGUGUAUAUGGUUUUCUUUUCUUAAACAUUUGUCCGUUUUUUUGAACAUAAUUUUCACGUGAAAGUUCUCUAGUUCUCGCACCAUUUUUUAUUAUUCAAAUACGCGCUCACUAACUCGUAAAUCUAAAAUGCCAUCAUUUUUCUUUUGGUGUAAAAAAUGUUACAAAGUUGUGGUUUUUUCGUUGGACUUCCCAACACCCAAUCGUAUCGUAUCUAUCAAUUUUUCAACAAUCUGCGAUCACUAUGAUUGAAUCCAUCUAAUGUACCUUUCCUAAGUUUAAAAUAUUUAUGGUUAAUUUGCUGUGCCUGCCUAACUCAUUCAACUUAUAAUCAACGAGUGUUCGAAUUUUACAUUUUUGCUUUAAAAAUCUAUCUAUUUCAGGUUGUAAUUCUUGUGUUUAAACUUUUCUAAAUACCUAGCUUAGUAUUGCUGUUGAUGAUUACUUAAAUCUAUUUUAAAUGUUACUUUUAUUUUUGUUAUCGUUCCACUUUUUUACUAUUCUGUAUUUUAUAUCUUUUUGUAAAAGUAAAAAGAUCAACAAUACGGAGGUUACUUUGAAUAUUUACGCGAUACAAGCUUUUAUACGCUUAAUUCACGGAUGCAUACGAGUAUUUAAUUCUAACCGAAUCUAUUCCACACGACAAUCGCGAAUUAUUCACUAAUGCAUUGUGCAAUUUUAUUUCAAAAAUUAACUCGGUAGAAUCGGGACCGACUGGAGAGAAGGCGGUUCAGCUGCAUAAGGCCCUUGUUUUUUCCAAAACUAGCCGUAAUGUCUUUCAAAAAAAAACUGUGGUUUGAAAACCCGCGUGAACUGUCUUUUUUAACGAUUCCAAAUUGAAAAAAGCUGCGAAAUUUCAACUGACGUUUCACAACGGUGUGUAGUAAUCCUGAAAAAAGAUCAAUUGUUUUUCAAUUUUGUUGAUUGUUUGAGGUUUAAAAAAAUUAGCGCACCUACUUGAUAUGUUUUAGGGGAAGAAUAUUUUGUACAUUUACAAAUCAUUAUUUAUACCCAGUGUAUUUAAAAUUUCUGUAAUUCUGUAUCGUUCAACUUAUAUGUAUUGUAUACUAAUGAGUACAUUCUACCUGCUAUUAUAUUUUAUAAUGCACGUUUCGUUCAAGUUGAUGGAUAACACUUCCACUUCUUUUCUUUUGUAUUCAUUAUUUUUGAUUAUAUUUCGUAGUUUUAUCGUAAGUCAACAUUAUUCUUUGUUUCUUCGAAAUUUGAAAAAAAAAAUGAAUGUAAUUUAUUAUGUAUUGUGUACCUGUAUUUGUAAUAAAUUUGUUAAAUUACCUACGA